UCUGCUGCACUGCUGUCUGCUACUGAUCAUUGAGUUGCCCUGACGGUCAUCAUGCGUAUUGUUAUAUCAAUAAUCAAAGAAAGUAAACGAGUCUCGCCUGGCUCCAUUGUUGCGUUUCACUCGGUGGUGGCCCGCUUCCUCUGAGGUCAAGAGUGAACGGACGUCAAUUCUUAAAAGGCAAGCUAUCAAACGAGAAAAGUGUGAUCCGUCAAGUGCGUCUUUCAAUCAGGGUGGACAUCGUUCUUUCCGAUUGAGACUCCUUUUUUAAGGCCCUACAAAAAUGGCCAGUUUCACUGCACAAGCUGCUAUCCGAUCAAAGUGGACUGAUUUGGUAGAAUCGUCAACACCUACAUUUGAUGUACCAGAGGAAGUUACAUCUGGUGUGAAAAAUGUUGUUGGGUGGCUGAAACAGGCCUCUCUGGAAGUAAGGCAAGCUGGCAGACGCACUCUUAGCCAGCUUUCUAAUACAAUGGGUGUUCCAAACCAAGCUCUAACUCUUAUACAUUUCAAUGAUGUUUACAAUGUGGAAUCAAGGCAACAGGAGCCUGUUGGAGGAGCGGCUAGAUUUUGCACAGCUGUCAAAUCUUUCUCGCAUUUGCAACCUCUUGUAUUGUUCAGUGGAGAUUGUUUCUCUCCCAGUAUGUUGAGUACUUACACAAAAGGAGAGCAAAUGAUUGAUGUGCUGAAUGAAUGUGGUGUCCUCUGCUCUGUAUUUGGUAAUCACGAAUUUGAUUUUGGACUGGAUGUCCUUUCUCAGUGGGUGGCAAGGACUAAGUUUCCCUGGUUGAUGUCCAAUGUCAUUGACAAUGAAACAGGUAGACCGCUUGGAGACGGUAAAAUUACUCAUGUCAUUGACUGGAAUAACAAGCGUAUUGGUCUGAUUGGCUUGGUGGAGCAUGAAUGGUUAGAUACUAUUGCUACUAUCAACAUUGAAGAAAUCACAUUCAUUGACUUUGUGGAAGCAGGUAGAAGACUAGGAUCGCAGUUAAAGCAAGAGGGAUGUGACUAUGUCAUUGCUUUAACUCACAUGCGCACACCAAAUGACAAGAAGUUGGCUGAAAAUGUGGAUGAGAUAGACCUCAUUCUUGGCGGUCAUGACCAUGUUUAUGAAAUUCUUCAGGUCAAUGGACGAUAUGUUAUCAAGAGUGGUACAGAUUUUCGUCAAUUUUCCAAGAUUACUCUAAAUUUUGAAGGUAGUGGUGUGGUUGUUACAACUGAGGAAGUUAAUGUUACAUCUGCUUUUGAGGAAGAUCCUGUGGUGAAAGAAGGGCUGGAGAAAUUCAUAAGUCAAAUUGAGGGGAAAAUGGAGGAGGUAUUAGGCAACUUUUCAGUGGAAUUAGAUGGACGCUUUUCCAGCGUUCGCACCCGGGAAACUAAUCUGGGCAAUUGGGUAUGUGAUGUGGUUCUUGCGGCCACUGGAGCUGACUUGGUUAUCAUAAACUCAGGAACGUUGCGUUCUGAUAUGAUACAUGAACCUGGCGCAUUCACUCUUGGAACUCUUACAAGUAUUGUCCCUAUGAGAGACCCCCUUGUUGUUUUGGAAGUAACAGGACAAGUUUUAUUAGAUGCUCUAGAAAACUCUGUAUCGGCUUAUCCAAAACUAGAGGGCCGAUUUCCUCAAGUUGCUGGUGUAUCUUUUGCCUUUGACCCAUCCAAACCCCCUGGUAGCCGGGUGGAUCCUGAGCUUGUGAGGAUAGGUGAUGAAUACCUGCAACCAACCCAAACCUACGCUCUUGCUACAAAAAUGUACUUGCAUGGUGGUAGUGAUGGAUACACUAUGCUGAAAGAUGCCAAAGCAAUUAUGGAUGAGGAGGAGUGCCCAGAGCUUGGUCUGGCUAUCCAGAAUCAUUUUCAAGCCAUUAAUAUGCGCCUGGGGAAAACUAAUCGACACUCUAAACAUCGGCAGAGUCUUGUGACACUUUCCCGAAGACAUAGUUUGGUAAAAACGCUAGAUGGUGAUUUAGAUGGUCCAACACCAUUACGGCGAUCAAGUACAAUUGGAGAACAUGGACACACAAACCACUCCUCUCAUUCUACCCAUGGCAUGUGUCAUGGUCCCUUACAUGUCCAUCCAGAUAGAAGGUCCCCUCGCAGUCAUCUUGUACGAAGAGCUUCCUUAGAGGAUCUGGAACAAGAGAGCUGUGAGCUUUGUCCAAGGAUAGAAGGCAGAAUUGUUAAGUUAACUGAAGAGAAACGUCAGGAAUUGUUGUUGGAACGACAGCGAGCUGAGGCUGAUUUUGUUAUUGAAGAAGUAGAAGAUGAGUCUUCUCCCCAGGGAAGUAUUGACCGUUCCUAAGAAGUUGCAACUUAAUUAUUGAAAAGCCCAAUUAAUGAUUUAUUCAUCUUUGUAGUUACCAUGUCUCUAACUUUAUUUUGUUCCUUAGUCAUAUUCCCUGACAUGCACUCAUGUUUCCUGUGAGUCUUGCAUAUUGUAAGAUGUACUAAAAUAUAUACACACACACACAAAAAAAAAAAAAAAAAAAAAAAAAAAGGAUCUUGUGAAACUGUAUUAAGAGCAGAUUGAAGAAUUUUUUCAAUGCCUUCAUCUGUUCAUGUAUUUUGAUGAGCUUGUUUAAAGCCAGACGAAUCUUGUGUGUUUCAAUGUAUGAUAUUUUUCUUCAUACUCAUACUAAGUGCUCACACCUACCAAUCUUUUCUAUGACUCAGGUGAGUCUUAGGACUAAUAUUUUCCCUUAUUUACUAAACAUGUGUUUCUUUCUAUCAUCCUCAAAGUAUUACAUAUGAUGAGAUCUCUUACAUAUUAAUUGUAUGUGCUUUCAAACUUAAGAGCUAUAUUAUGUUCCUUUCUUUAUUAAAUCUUUGGUUUGACAUGCCCAUUUUAGAGAUGGUUUCCAAAACAAAUAUAUUAGUUGUGGUGUAUUUGGUUGUUGCUCAGAUUCCUGGUCCAUUUACAAUGAUAAGCGACGAUUUUAGCUCUUCUUCAAGAUUUAAGACUUUGACUACUGAAUCUCUUCUAUUUCUUCCUAUCACUCAGUGUUUAUACGCAAAGACAGUCUUUAGGAAGAGCAGCAUUUAUUCUGCCGUCCAGCCAAGUAUAGUUUCUUCUUUCAUAGGCCCUAAACUUAAAUAUUUUUCCUUGUGCUAUGAUGGGAACAUGCUGCUGUUUGUAAAAGAGUUUCAAAUAAUUUUAAUUUUCUUUUAAAUGUAUGGGUUUAUCAAAUUUUGUGUCACAACCCAUUUCUCAUAUUCAUUAUAACAUCUUUGCAUGAGUUAAAUAAUGUUUCAUAUCAUUGUUAUGUUCCAGUAGAACUUUGCAAAGUUUAAAUUUUAGCUUGAAUCUCAAUGACCUAACAGUCUUCCAUUAAUUUCAUUACAUUGGUUCACUUCACUCAGAUUCUCAACAAUGACUGUUUGUUUCAUCCUCCAAAUAUUACUAUUAAUUGCUCACCUGCCGUACAUCUUAAUGCCUUAAGGUUCCAAUUGUUACUGUCUCUUUGAUGCUUGACGUCGUUUAUGAGAUCUUUUCAGAAAAGAAUAUUGUGUGACAUAUUUGCUUUUAGUGCCCCGUUCUAGGGAGUAUGCAAAUUUUAACCAUCAAGACAUGAUGUUUAAACACAAUUUCUUUUGUAAAAACAAGGCCUGUGCAAAUGGAGGCUGUGUAAGCCAUGUGUUUUGGCACCACUGGUAUCUACACAUUAUUGUUUUGUUUUUGUUGCAUGCAAUGUCUUAGUCUUUUAAAAUCUUGUUAAGAAAUUUGUUAAUACUGUUUCUUAGUUUGUUCAUAUAGUUGCUAUCUGCAAUGAAAGGUUUUAACUGAAAGUUGUUUGGUCUUUCCAAUUAAAGCAUUAUCUUUUAUUUUUGAUGUGCUCUCGAAGUCACCAUCAGUUUGUAGUGUUUGAUUACCCCAACAUUGCUGUGUGUAACUGUUUGGCCUUAUUGUGUAUUUGUAUGUAUUUUAUUGUACAAGGCCUACAAACAUUUAGGUCUUUCUCUUCUGAUGUGCAGCUUCUAAAUCUCUCACAGCAGCUUCAGAGAAAGUUGUAAAUAUGCUAUUUUUAUUGUUAGCUUCUCUAAGAUAAAGCUAUGUGAUAUUUUUAGCCAUUUGCUUUUUGCAAUUUUAAGCACUUACUAUGGUUGUGUUUGAACAGUACAAAUAUUUUUUUUCCUGUGAGUGGUCCUGUCCAGCAACACUGGACACACUAAGUGACCUGGAAGGUCUAGCUGUAAUAUUUAAGCACCUCAUCAGAAAAUGGUGAACUGCUUAAUAAUUUAUGUGGAAAAUUGCAUCUAUUCCUAACUUCAUCUUGAAAGGUUUUUGUUGUUAUUUUUAAGUUAAUCUUUCAACCAAGAGGGAGGGGGGAUAUCCAUUCUAAAGACUGCAGAAAACUCAAAGCUUCAAUGUUCGCACCAUUUUUCUAUUCAAUAAUGCUGUCUUUUUCUCUGGAGCAUAUCUCAGUUCAACUAAUGAUCUAUUUAUAAAGUCUGCUGCUGCUGUCUGUCCCAUCCGAGUACGCAGGUUCCUCUAUGACGCAGGGUCUCUAAUUCAGUGGGAAAAUAAUUUGAUAAAAACAAUAUAUUAUUCAUGCUAAACUAAAUGCUUUUGUUGUGUAAUGUUUCCUUUCUGCUUGAUUGUUUAGAAUGUUAAUUGAGUUAAAGCAAACCAGAGAGAAAAAAGUGUCAGGUGUAAUAGGCAUUAUGGAACCAUUUGUAAAUGUAACGCACAGCUAAAUCAUGGCUACAGCCAUUUCUCACCUCCCUAGAUAUCAAGCUUCAUAUCUGCAGUAUUUUCAUGCUGCUUUACUAUGCUGUUCAUUACCAGGCAUAAGGAUAAGAAAACAAAAUACUGCAAUGACAACCGUCAGAAGAUAGUAUUGUUCAAUAGAUCACACACAGCAAUAAAGCACCUGGUUCUUUCAAAGUCCCCUUGUACAACAAUUAUGAUUGCAAGUCCAUUAAAAUUUAUGUUGACUCUGACUUUAUAG